UGAACGUAGCACCAUUCCCGUUCCUGGAGACUCCGGUCCAGUUCUUGCCUGGACCCGGACUCCAUGUUGUUCCGUCAGCCACGGAGGGAACAAGUGCCCUGGCCGAAAACUCUCACGUUGCAACUCUGUGUGUGUGCGAGAAGUAAAGUGUGUUUCUGUGUGAGUGUGUGUUGAACCUCCAAAAAGAAGAUGGCAGACUACCGGGAAGACACCGGAGCUCGAGCCCUGCUGGCUCUACAGUCGGCCCCGUGCAGUCCCGUGCGAGUUGCAGUGACCUCCUACCACCAGGCUUCUCUCUCCCUCCUGGGUCCUCCCAUGAUGGAAGCCCGUGCCGACGCCGGGGCUCUUCCCGUGCGCCUCGCUUGUCCUCCUCCGCAGGCCCUGGCCAGACUCGAGGGCCGGGACUUUGAGUAUGUCAUGCGCCAGAGGACGGUCACCAUAGGCCGGAACUCCUCUCACGGCUCGGUGGACAUCAACAUGGGUCACUCGAGCUUCAUUUCACGGCGACACCUGCAGAUCACCUACGACGACGUGAACGGGUUCUCCCUCCGGUGCUUGGGCAAGAAUGGCGUGUUCGUUGACGGGGUGUUCCAGCGGAGAGGGGCGCCGCCGCUGCCGCUACCCCGAGAGUGUGUGUUUCGUUUUCCCAGCACGGUGAUCAAGAUUCAGUUUAUGUCACUCCUGGCGCCAGAGGAGCACAGAGAGAGGGAGCUGCCCGCACUCCCCCUUCGCCCACUUCUGCCCCACAUUUCCCCCCUUAAAAUCAGCAUUCCCACAAUGCAGCAACACGAAGAGCACAUCCGGGCGUUUGGCUCCCCGCUGCCGUCACCCACUGGCACCAUAAGUGUUCCUAACUCCUGUCCGGCUAGCCCACGAGGUGCAGGGUCAUCAGGGUAUCGUUAUGGGCGCAACGUGACCUCCGACCUCCAGUUAGCAGCUGAAUAUGCCGCCAAGGCCGUUUCUGAGCAGAGACGAAACCUCAGCGAUCCGAGAGGUGGAGGAAGUGAGGCGCGGGGGGAGUCUGCUGGUGGAGACAGCCCCAAGGAUGAGUCCAAGCCUCCUUAUUCCUAUGCACAGCUGAUCGUCCAGGCCAUCUCCUCUGCCCCGGACAAACAGCUGACCCUCAGUGGCAUCUACGCCCACAUCACCAAACACUACCCAUACUAUCGCACUGCAGACAAGGGCUGGCAGAACUCAAUCAGACACAACCUGUCUCUAAACCGCUACUUCCUGAAAGUAGCUCGAUCUCAGGAUGAGCCGGGGAAGGGCAGUUUUUGGCGCGUUGAUUCUGCUUCUGAGAGCAAGCUUGUUGAGCAAGCGUUCAGGAAAAGACGGCAAAGAGGAGUGGCCUGCUUUAGGACGCCAUUUGGACCUCUCUCUUCGAGGAGUGCUCCUGCAUCCCCGACCCACCAGGGACUUCUCUCUCCUCCAUCCAGCGGGCUGCAGACUCCUGAGUGUCUGAGCAGGGAGGGCUCUCCUAUCCCCCACGACCACCACGAGCAGCUGGCCAGCAAACUGGCAUCUGUGCCUGAGUACAGGUACUCUCAAAGUGCCCCAGGAUCUCCAGUCAGUGCUCAGCCUGUCAUCAUGGCCGCCCCUCAUCACCAUGCAGGGAAAGCCCUCGCUUUAGUUCCAGGUGGUGGCGGCCAAAUCCAGCCCAUCCACCUGCUGCAGAACCCUCAGUCCUCCAUCACUAUGGUGCGAGUGGUUACCAGCGCCCCUCAUACAUCCAACCCUCCUAAUGGGUACAGCGCCCCCUCUGUCGGAGCUUCAGAGGGCAACAGUGAGCUCAGAGGUACAGCUGUUAGAAUCUCUCUCAGAGAAGCUCAGCUGAACAGGGAGCGAGUGAUCCAGACUGUGGAUAGUGCGGUGCAGGGCGGGGAGGGGAGGAACUUUGCUCCGGGUUUACAUCAACUUCCCGUCCGUCCUGUUACCCAGAAUGGCAAACACACCACUGCAGUUGUUGCCACAGCAACCAGCCUUGCUAAUGCAUCUGGCCUCAGUAGUCCUCUCCAGAUCCUGGCUGCUCAAGCCUCCAGCUCCCCUCCGGUGCUGGUGAGCCGACAGCUCAAUGCAGAAACUUUAGCCGAGCUGCCGGGCGAGCCGCAUGCCAAGCGGUCAAAGAUGGAGGACGACGGUGGGACUGAAUCCGCUCAGCAUCAAGUCACGCCCGCCCAGCAGCCCGUCAUCGUCGCCAUGACGUCACAAAGCCACGACCCUCGGAAGUGAAAACCCAGGGCCUCUUACCAGGUACCCCUUGGACAGCCUCCUCGUUGUCCCCCAACUGCUUCGCCUUUUAUACUCGUUUGAUAUGACUGCAGCCGACACGGCCAAAAAAUGUACAGGCAGCCUCUCUCGACAGAAGGGAAUUCAAUAGUAAGGAACAUUUAUUUUGGUCAAAAUAGAUGAAAAGUUUCACAUACAUUCUGAAUGUAUAAAGGAAAUCUUUCAGGAGCUUUUCAGCUUUACAGUCUUUUUAAUGUGAUCCAUCUUUCUCUGACAUCACAACAUAUUAAGGACUUUAAGCUUGUGAAAGCAUUAUGCAUAUUAAAAUCAUUUCAGCACUACUUUUACUAUGUGAAUGUUGGCUUGUAAAUCAGAUCUGUUUCCUCUUUAUGAUGGAUCAGAGGCAUCAGUCGCUCUCAGGCCAAAGAACUCACCUCUCCUGCACAUGUGAUAAGAGUCACUGUUUGAUUUAAAACCAGGGAAUGUGUGUUCACAGAUUUGAAAAUGGCCAAUAGUAACAGAAGAAACUGUGACGAUCAGAGACGAUAUAUUGUGUGAGGUCACUGAAAGAAAAGAGAGGACUUAGCUGCAUAUUUUCCCAGACCAAGUUGAUGUUUGGCAGACUGUUAAGAAUAUAAAUGUGCUUUUCAUAAAGGCAAUCAUCACUGAAAAAAACAAACAGGUUGUCUUUAUUAGAAAAGAAAAGAAACAGAUUCAUACUGAAUCUUCUCGCCUUCUCACACAACAAGAAAGGGUUAAUGUUUUGGAAGAAGAGAUCAGAAGAAAUCCAGGAAAAACAAAACUAAGACUUUGCAGAUUUUGCUUCACUUCAACUCAGUGCGGUUUGUCAGUGUUAAAGCUCCUCAAAUUCACGAUGAUCUGACGGCACAGUUUGAGCAAAGAAAGGGCAAAAAAGCAAAGAGGUAACUAUUUGGAGUUGAUUGAAGUGGAGCUGACCUAAUGUAGACAAAUUGAUUGUUGUUUUAUUUUAUUUCUUUGUUUUCUUGUUUCAGUAGUUUAAAGGAGAAAUGGAACAGCCUGUGCGUACAGUUUUUUGUUUGUCUUAGCACAGAAAAGCAUUAUUGGAAUAAUCCUUAAAGCCUUAAAUAUUUCUACUUUUUUUUUGUCAUUUUAUUUUAACCUGUAGACAGCUCUACCUUUACUAGAUUGUUAACACAGCGCUUCUUUAAUACACAAUCAGCAACACUACAAUGGUUGACAGUUAGGUUGCAUCAGUAGACUUGUAUCGGUUUUUUAUCAGGGGAAGGGCGGGACCAACACAUGACCACAAAUUCACCUGCUCUCUUGUCUUUUUCCUUCUUUCUUUACGGUACUUUUGACAUCUUUUCUACUCUUCGCUCCCCUCCUUUUUUUUUUUGCUUAACUUUUUUUUUCCCUUUUCUCCCACUCUACCACUUUCCCUCCUCCUCCUCCUCUGUGAACAGUUUCCACCUUCGCCGUCUCGAAAGAGGCAUCAAGCUGUUGGCAAUUCUUGUCACAGACACUGCCUUAAUCAGAUCUUCUCCAGCACUUUCUCCCCCCCCCCCCUCUCUUUUUUCACUCAUUCUCACUCUGCCUUUAGCUUUUUCUGAAUGCGAUCUCACACGCCUCAUUGUUGGCUGGCAAUCAGGCACAACUUGCGCAAUAUUUCAGUGAUUGUUGUUGCACAUUAUCACAAAAAGCAAAAAAAAAAAAAAAGAUGCGUAAUGAUUGUAUGCUGCUCUAUCUGCUAAAUGACAAAGCUAUUUAGAAGGUAUUUUUUCUCCUUUUGGACAAAAAAAUAUUUUGCUAUUUGUAAAAAAAAAAAAACAGCUGUCAUCAAUACGUAAACAUUCUGGAAA